GAAACUUUUCUGCUUGGCAAAGGAAUUGUUUCCGUCGUGAAUAAACCACUCGGUAUAAUUCACUCCGUUCAUACAAAAAGGAAGCACAUACAUUUGGUCUGUGUUGGCCAUGACUUCUGGGAAUAGCAACAGAAAAGAGCAGCAGCAGCUGCACCAGCAGGAAAAACAUUGCUGCAUUUCUCACGAAUUUCUGAAAGCAGCAAGCAAAAAUCCUGAAAAAAUAGCAGCCAUUCUCGCGGCAUCAUCCGAUGGUGAUCAGCGCCUGAUUCCGGCAAAAUUGAUCAACAGUGGCAGCUCUGUCUCCUCUAGUCCACCGGUGUACGAAGGAGACCAAUGUUUCACUUUCGCUGACGUGUUAAAGUCUGUUGAUUACCUCAGCUCACGCCUCCGCAGCAUUCUUGAUAGUAACGGUAACCAUGACGAGCAGAGCAUACCUGAGUAUAAGAAUGUGUAUAGGCCAAAGAUAUUGGGAAUAUAUAUGCCACCUUCCUUGGAGUACAUAAUCUCUGUACUUUCAAUUUUGAGGUGCGGAGAAGCUUUUUUGCCGCUUGAUCCUUCAUGGCCAAAAGAUAGAAUAUUAUCAAUUGUUUCUUCUUCGGCUGCUGAUGUUGUUAUUACUUCUGAAUCAUCAUUUAGUAAAGGUGGUUUUAGUGAGCUUCAUGAGUGGAAUUGGCUUGUCGAAUGCGGUUGUUGUCCUGUCUUAUCUUUUUCUUUGGAGGAAAGUUUCGAAGAGUUUGUUGGUCCAUUGCACUUAGCUUGGCCUUGUGAAAAAGAGAAAAGAAGAUUGUUCUGUUAUUUAAUGUACACUUCUGGAUCAACUGGAAAGCCUAAAGGCGUGUGUGGCACAGAAGAAGGUCUAUUGAAUCGCUUCCUGUGGAUGCAAGAAUUGUACCCCUUGGAUGGAGAGGAAAUGUUAUUGUUCAAAACAUCAAUAAGUUUUAUUGACCACCUGCAAGAAUUUCUUGGUGCUAUGCUUGGUAUGUGUACACUGGUUAUCCCUCCUUUCAAUCAGCUGAGAAAGGAUCCAUUUUCUGUUGUCAACUUUUUACAGGGCUACCAUAUAAAUAGGCUUAUUGCUGUUCCUUCACUAAUGCGAGCUAUCCUUCCUGCUUUGCAAAGUCUAUCCAAAAUGAAGAUUCAGGACUCAUUGAAAUUGCUAGUGCUAAGUGGUGAAGUGUUUCCUUUAUCCUUGUGGGAUUUGCUUUCGAAUUUACUGCCCAGGACCUCUAUUUUGAAUUUGUAUGGGAGUACAGAGGUAUCUGGUGACUGUACAUAUUUUGAUUGCAAGAGAUUGCCAGCGAUUUUGGAGACAGAGGCACUAACAAGUGUUCCAAUUGGUGUACCUAUUUCUAACUGUGAUGUAUUACUCAUUGGUGAAACUGAUACACCUAUCCAGGGAGAGAUAUGUGUUGGUGGUCUAUGUGUUUGUAGCGGUUACUCUUCCAAGUCUGCAAUUAUGCCAUUUGACAGUGUAAAAAUGCAUAAGAACUUCGUCUGUAACUGUUUGGUGGAUGACUGUGGCAGUCAAGUAUAUUAUAGAACUGGUGACUUUGCACAACGGCUUCAAUGUGGUGAUUUGGUGUUCUUGGGGAGAACUGAUCGCAGUAUAAAAGUUAACGGGCAACGUAUAGCCUUAGAAGAGAUUGAAGAUACACUCAGGGGACAUCCUGAUGUUGUUGAUGCUGCGGUGAUUUCUUUUGAUGGUCCAGAUAAGCUUUUGCUCCUUAAAGCUUUUUUGUUAUUAAAAGAUAAAGAUAAAAGUGGUGAUUCAGUCAGAUCUUCAAUCAGAAGUUGGAUGGUUGGCAAGGUUCCUUUAGUCAUGAUUCCUAAUCACUUUGUAUUCACAGAAUUAUUGCCUAUCUCUUCCAGUGGAAAAGUUGAUUAUGCCUUGUUGGAAACUUCAGCAUUUUCGACCACCCAUGUCCAAGAUAAGACUGGCAACACUAAGAUCAGUCAUCACUUGCAUAGCAUAAAAAAGGCAUUUUCUGACGCUUUAAUGGUUGAAGAUGUUUCGGGUGAUGAUGAUUUCUUCAUGAUGGGUGGUAGUUCUAUUACAGCCGCACAGGUUUCUUAUAAUCUAGGAAUUGAUAUGAGAUUGCUUUAUAACUUUCCAACUGCAUCUAAACUUUACAAUGCUCUCCUAGAUAAUGAAUCCUACUACAAAGAUGUCAGAACGGAUACUAGUUGGAAAUCAAAUUUGGAAGCACAUAGUUCAAAUUUGUCUCCUCCUGUUUAUUCAGCAAUUCCUAAUCUUAGUCAUAUAUCACAGAAGCGGCUACUGAACAACAUUGAUCUAGAGAGUGACCAUAAUGAUGCAGUACCCAAGCGCUUUAAGGUCGAUUUGAACAAACAUAUUUCUUCAGGAUGUGUUAGUCUCAAUGAUGCAUAUCCUUGGUCUUCUUUGGCACCAAUCUCUUGUUCAUUCAGCCGUUGCAACAAGGUUAUGUAUGAAGGGGAGUGCGGGAUGAGAAAUACCCACCAAUUAUCCAUGUCAGCAGAAGUUAUGAGAAAAAGAAAAUGCUUUUUGAUACAGGAAUUGUGGAAGGUUCACAUGGAGUCUUGUGUAGAUGCAUCACCUCUAGUUGUGUUUAAAGACCAAAAUGUCUAUUUAUUUAUUGGAUCUCAUGCACAUAAAUUUAUCUGCAUAAAUGCUAAAUGUGGUUCUGUCUUGUGGGAAGUCAAGCUCCAUGGAAGAAUUGAAUGUUCAGCAGCAAUUGUCGCUGAUUUUUCUCAGAUUGUUGUUGGAUGUUACAAAGGGAAACUAUAUUUUAUUGACUUUCUCAAUGGCAAUAUUUGUUGGACUUUUCAAACAGGUGCUGAGGCUUUCGGCAAAACUGUUAUGGAGCUUUUAAAUAUGGUGAAGUGCCAGCCUUUGGUGGACAUGCACAGACAAUUAAUCUGGUGUGGCUCACAUGAUCACUAUUUAUAUGCUCUUGAUUACAAAAACCAUUGCUGUACAUAUAAGACCUCAUGUGGUGGAAGUGUAUUUGGGUCACCUGCUAUUGAUGAGGUGCAUGACACUCUUUUUGUGGCUUCUACAAGUGGUCGUGUGACAGCUGUAUCAAUAAAGGCUUUGCCAUUUUAUACUUUAUGGCGGCAUGAGCUAGAGGUGCCAGUAUUUGGGUCACUUUCAGUUGGUUCUCCACAUGGAUAUGUGAUUUGUUGUUUAGUGGAUGGAAACAUUGUUGUAUUGGAUUCAGAAGGAUCUAUCAUUUGGCGGUGUAGAACAGGUGGUCCUGUAUUUGCGGGAGCCUGCACGUCUUAUGCGCUUCCUUCUCAGGUGUUGGUAUGUUCAAGAAGUGGAAGUAUAUAUUCAUUUGAACUGGAAAAAGGAGAUCUACUUUGGGAGUACAAUAUUGGAGAUUCAAUAACUGCAUCUGCUUACGUUGAUGAACACUUGCAGCUGGUAUCAGGUGCCUCCCUUGUGUCAGACAGGUUGAUUUGUGUAUGUGCAAGUUCUGGAACCAUACAUUUGCUUCGUAUCAACUUGGAUAUAGCAGGCAAGGUGAAUCAACCGAGCAAAAAUGUAGUACAUGAAAUUGCUAAGUUGAAGCUCCCAGGAGAUAUAUUCUCUUCACCGGUGAUGAUUGGCGGAAGGAUUUUUGUCGGUUGUAGGGAUGAUUAUGUGCACUGCAUUGCACUUGAAAACCAGAGUUCCACAUAAGAAUGAAAGAUGCGGUUAUAGAUAAUUACCAUUUACAGUCAUAUAAUUACCAUUUACUCUGGACAUCUUGGCUGCUUAAUAUGGUAACGAAGAAGCUCAAAGCUGAUGUGUUUUCUCUAAUGUUGGGUGGCUCCACCAAGUACCAUAAACUGAUAGAGAGAGUUAAAGUUGAAAAGUUUGAUCACCACGGCAAUAAGAGCAGCCUCAAAAUUCUCAAGAGAUCCUUACCAAAGGAGCAUCCAAUUCGUUAGCAGGGAAAAUCUUCGAAAAAGUUCAGAAACACUUCCAGCAGAGCUAUCGGACCUGACAUGACUUGUUCGUUACCCUGGAAGAAAGGCCAGAUAUGUUUUUGCUGCAACUGGACUCAGUAGACAUUUUGAAGGAAAACAAGCAAGUGAUAACUUCUCUGUAAACCUCAAAGCAAGCAACAAAAAGAGGAAAGCAAGAGGGGGAAAUGGGAUUGGGAAUUGGUGAUGCUUGUUAUUAUACAACCUAACCAUCAGUCAUUUAACUAUCUAGGCAUAGUUUGGUGGCCACAACCUUUCAAGAGUGAGGAAAACGUUUUGAAUUCAACUCCAACCUCCUCCAAAAAUUUAUGCCCUCAAUGAUCAUUUAUUAAAAAUUAAAUUAAAUUUAAGAUUAAAUGAUAAUAAAAUUAUUUAUUUAUGUACAAA